CACUCUUCCACGUCAUCCAUCAUUCCUCUGCCCUCUCCCCACGUGUCGACGGUCACCGUCAACUCACCCCAUUCCGUCAAUCCAUCCAAACGAAACCCCAAAAAAGAUCGGCGGCGAGGAGGUUAUGGACGACGACGACGAGAUCCAGUCGCAUCCGUCGCCGGCGAGCGGAUCCCCGGCUUCUUCGCCGAGGGCCAACGGUCGGAUUACGGUGACGGUAGCGGCUCCGGCGCCGCAGACGCAGCCGGCGCCGAACAGCUUGGCAUUAGCGCUUCCGAUUCAGCAGCAGCCGAAGGGAAACGGCGGCGGAGGAGGGGGAAGGGAGGAUUGUUGGAGCGAAGGCGCGACGGCAGUGCUGAUCGACGCGUGGGGAGAGAGGUAUCUAGAACUUAGCAGAGGAAAUCUGAAGCAGAAGCACUGGAAGGAGGUGGCGGAGAUCGUGAGCGGCAGAGAGGAUUACACCAAGGCACCGAAGACCGACAUCCAGUGUAAGAACCGGAUCGACACCGUGAAAAAGAAGUACAAAUCGGAGAAAGCGAAGAUCGCCGCCGGCGCAACUAGUAAAUGGCCGUUCUUCGAGAGAUUGGACCAGUUGAUCGGUCCCACCGCCAAGAUCCCCGGCGCCGCCGGCACCAGCGCCGUCGGAAACAGUAAUUUGCCGCUGCAGAAAGUUCCGUUAGCGAUUCCCGUAGGAGGUCGAGGCGGCGCGAAUCAGUUCCAUCCUCAAAAGCAACAGCAGCAACAACCGCAACAGGUUCAGUUAAAGAACCAGAAGAUUCAGUUCCGGCGGCGCGCUCCUCCGGUGGAUUCCGAUUCGUCGGAAAGAGAACCGCCGUCUCCGGUGUCGAGCGACAGUUUUCCGCCGGAGAGUUACGAGAGGAAGAGGCCGAGAGUGAUGAAUUCAAACGCCGUGAAGGGAAAGGAAGGUGGAAAAAAAGGAAAAGGUUGGGGAAGUGCGGUUAGGGAAUUGACGCAGGCGAUUCUCAAGUUUGGAGAAGCUUAUGAACAAGCUGAGAGUUCGAAGCUGCAGCAGGUGGUGGAGAUGGAGAAGCAGAGGAUGAAAUUCGCUAAGGAUUUGGAGUUGCAGAGAAUGCAGUUUUUCAUGAAGACUCAGUUGGAGAUUUCGCAGCUCAAGCUGGAGAGAAAAGGUGGUAACCCUAGCAAUCACCAUAGCACCACCACCCCCAACAACAACAAUAACAACCAUCAUAACAAUAAUAGUGACAGUGAGUGAGUGAGUGAGUGAGGGAGGGAUAAUUAGGUUAAGGGUUAGAUUCCAAUUUCAUUAGCCUUUCUGUGAAUGAAGACUUUGUAUGUGUUUAGUUGCUAUUAUCCCUUAAUUGUUACAGUUAACUUAGUGGGAUUGCUGCCUCCCAAAACAAGCAAGAAAAAAAGGAGUAUGUGCUUAAUAAUUUAAUCUCUUUGCAGCAGAUGUAUCACUUAUGAUGUGUAACACCAUUCUAAGUUAUGAGUA